AUGGCAUCACAAAGGUCUCAGGAGACAUCAAGUCCUUCCGCAUCCUCCAUCUUCCUCCCCCUCGGUCGGCGAUCUCGACGAGGCUCCGUUGCCUCAUACAGCACCCAAACUGAGAGGGAGAAUCUGACGGAAGCUCUCGAUCAGAUCCACAAUGCAGCUUCCAAUUCCGAUACCCUCACCGUUUUCAAUGAGUUCACGAACCCCCCCGUACCCUCGUCCGCCACCGAUAACAAGACUGGCGUCGUGGGGGAUCUGCAGGGUGGCCUGAGUGGACUCUAUAGCCUUUUACGAGCAUCCGUCGGUGGUGUUAAGGACAUGGUUGGGAGUUCAACGAAAGCGGCCGAUUCUGAAGCUACGACGGCAAAGACUCUUCAAUCUCCGCCAUCCCAGCUGAGCCUAUCCGCGUUGGGAGCCACUGAAAACCAGCGGUCAUCGUCGAAUUCGGCACAUGCUUCUAAAACACAGUCGCCACUAGCGGGGACAUUCUCGACCCACCACGGAGGAAUGACGAGUUUCUCCGCCCCCAAAUCCUCCAAAAUGUCCUCCAAAGCCCCAAGUAUUUCCUCAAAGGCCUCGAUGCCAUCCGUUGGCGCGCUAAAACCGUCUCUCAGCUCCCUGACAAAGGUUUCUCCAUCUUCAGCUGUGGACCCCGCCGUUAGUGAGGUUAAUGUGAACGCUGUCAGACCCGGGCCGCAUCACACACCGAGUAAUUCGGGCAGCUUAUCAGCGAGUAUCAUGACAAAUGCAGAUUCAACGGCAUCCGACCGCAUAGAUGGUUCUCUACAGAUGUUGUCGCUGCAGUCAUCGCAAGAGCUGAAGACUAGUGUGUCAACUCGUCCUCCAGAGCUGUUGGCCAACACCGGCAACGAAGCUCAUAUUUAUGAGGAGAGAGAUCGCGUUAUACCCGGCACAUUACACUCACGAGGAACUUUACCCCACGAACGGACUUUGUCACCGAGAAAGCCGUCCAUGACUGAUUCUCAAAACGAAUUAACAGAGCUUAACACCGCGUUUCCCCACUCCCAGUGGGACGAUAAAGAACCAGAACUUGACAAUAAUGUUCAGCCUCAAGUAGGAAACUCUACUACUUCCUUCUCCGUGGAUGCCUCACCUGUGCAGACGUCUAUGACAAACAGUGUCGCAAAACUAUCGACUGGUGAGAGCUCGGUCAAUGAUACUAGAACCGCCACUGCCGCUACAUCGGUGUCUAUGACGGACAGGGAGCCCUCGUCGGGUCACUCAUCUCGAACGUCUCUCAUAAAAUCACGAGAGAAGGCGACGCCUCGAAUUAGCCAAAGUCGUUUACCAGGAUAUGGGCCCUCCCGUAUGCUAUCCUCAACGUCCUCCGGUGCUCGUUCAUCUACGGCCAUUCCUCACAUUUCAUUCGAUACCCCGGAGCCGGUUCGUUCCAGCCAAAGUGGUACGAGGGUGUCGCAGGACCUAGAUCGCUCGCAAAGGGGCAACUCUACACCUUUUAGAAGAAAACUCUUAAGUAGAGAAUACUGGAUGCGAGACGAGAAUGCUAAGGAUUGUUUCCAUUGUGGAGAGCCUUUCUCCACGUUUCGAAGGAAGCAUCACUGUCGAACAUGUGGUCAAAUUUUCGACUCCAAAUGCACAUGCAUCAUCUCGGGAGCCCCGUUUGGCCAUUCUGGCUCUAUCCGAGUUUGCAAACGUUGCGAGGCUGUGAUUAACGGUCAUGAAUCCGACUCUUCUGAUUACAGUGGCGAUGAUUUGAGUCCAGUAGUCUUCAAUUCCCGUAAUUCGGAAAGCCUAGGAAAUGCCGUCAAGGCUAGACUUUCCGCCGAAGACGAUGAUUCUUCGUCCGUUGUCUCUCAAUCGGUUGAUCAGGUUUUGAAAACUCCGACCAUGGCUAUUCCUGCGACACGGCGCACAGGAGAUGGAAAUAAUCGUCGCUCUGCCAUUCUCGAAAUAGAGUCUGACCGCCCGCUUACGAGGCCCACAUCCUCUAGGUCGUUACGAUCCUCUUUAAAUGGAAGAGCACUCUCCGUCUCUCAUAAACGGCACCAUUCCAGAACCCAAUAUAUCCGCAACCUAAAAUCCUAUCAUGAAGACAAAGCACCUUUUCAGCGCCGUGUCGGGGAGGACUUUCCCAGCAACUCUAAGCUGCAUGCAUUCCAUCGAGAUAGCAUUAUCGACCCUGAUUUGGCGCAGUACCUUUCAGACGAUGCCUCAAGCGCCGACGAGCAACCAAAUUUGUUUUCUGUAGUCUCCGAUGGACCUCUUUCCAAGAGUAGUGGUGAGGGAGAGAAGGCAACCUUUGGAGGUUUCCUUGCAGCAGUAAAAAAGGGCCGUUCCCGCUUUGGUGACAAGUCUGGAGGAACUUACUCUGGCCGAGAUUUGGAUGAUGGAAGCGUUAGCAGUUCCCGAGCUGUAAACCCGGGUCGUUCCCUUAGAAGGCGAAAUUUGAGCGUCGCAAGUAGCGUCCAUCAGCGCUUUUCACCAAGACCUUCUAAAGACACUCCAUCAGUCGUUCAUUAUUUUCAGGAUCCCAACAUGGCUACAUUCUCUGCGACCCAGCCAUCUGGUCCCGGAGGAUUUAAGAUGACAAGAAGUUCAUCAAUGAGAGGCGCUGGCGCUCCUCCGAUUGAAUUGAACCGAGCAAGUCUUCAGCAUGUAAGAAAGCUCCUUCGACAGCUGCUAAAAGACGCAUCUAUACCGCACUCGCACAGCUGGGAAACGGCUCUACUGCCAAUUCUUUUAAAGGCCACUGAUGAUGUUGAACCUGACGUUCAACAGGGCGAUGACAUGGACAUACGACAUUAUGUCAAGCUCAAGAAAAUACCAGGUGGUCGGCCAGGGGACACAUCUUACGUAUCUGGCCUUGUCUUUACGAAAAACUUGGCUCUGAAAAGUAUGUCGAGAAGUAUCCCGCGACCAAACAUACUCAUUAUCACUUUCCCUUUGGAGUACGCGCGGCAGCAACAGCAUUUCAUGAGCCUGGAGCCAGUAAUUCGCCAAGAGCGUGAGUUCCUGGAAAAUCUUGUUGGAAGAAUAUCCGCGUUGCGACCCAAUGUUCUUUUAGUGGAGAAGAAUGUAUCCGGCUUGGCUCUGCAGCUCCUGGAAAAGGCAGAUAUUGCAACAGCUUACAAUGUUAAGCCAUCUGUCCUCGAAGCGGUGUCAAGAUGCACUCGGACCAAGAUUAUCACGUCGAUGGACAGGCUUGUUGCUGCGCCGGCAUACCCUGGUCAAUGUGGUAGCUUUGACGUCAAAACAUACGUUCACAACGGCCGAAAGAAGACAUACAUGUAUAUCUCUGGGUGUCCCAAAGAGCUAGGUUGCACAAUUGCGCUCCGAGGGGCUAGCAACGAGGUCCUUAUGAAGAUUAAGCGAAUCACGGAGUUCAUGGUCUACGUUGUUUAUAACCUCAAACUCGAGACCUGCCUCAUGAGGGAUGAAUUCGCGAAGAUCCCAACGUCGCCACAGGGAAAUACUCCAUCGAUGAAGCAUAGCCCCUCGGCCUCCAUCAGUGGGAAUGCUGAAUCUAAACUCUUGGCAGAAAGUGGUCCAGGAGAUAUUCCCAACACAAAGGAGAAAAGCCAUGAUCAUCAAACUAGCCAGCCAGAUCUUUCGGUGAUGACCGCAUCUUUAGAUGCUCAAUGCACUAAGCCGGAUACUUGCCAGGAUACUCCAGCCCCUGAAUUCUACGAAGAUAUGGUCGAAAAGCAUCAAACAAAAAUCCUCUCGGCUUCUCCUUUCGUUAAAUUUCAACAACCGUACCUCUUGAUGCGUGCGAGGGAGCUUGAAAGGCAACUUGCAUAUCUCAAACGCCUUCGUGAUCAGGAUUUUGCAGCUCACGCGCCAAUCGAUGAGACUGGAAAAUCUCAGAGGUUUGUCCUUAUUACACCUGAAAUGAUACACGAGUCACCGUCAGGCGCCUCGAAAAAGGCGAAAGAAGUCCUGCAUGCAGUGCACGAUGCAGAAUAUGACAGAGCCUUAUAUAUCUACCAAACGCAGAAACGACAAUGGGAAACCUAUAUAUCCGGCAACAGUAAUCUUUUCGAUCCUUAUGCGCAUCAGAAUAUCGUCGUUCUUUAUAGCUUGGUGUGCACGACCACGUCCAUCCCUUGUUCGGGACCAGAUCUCUUCGCCCUCGACUUCUAUAAUGACCAUGGCUCAGAUAGGAUUUUCGAGGCCGAUUGCACGUUAGGCCAGUAUGUGGAGGAUUUAUGUCACAAUGCAAAUACUGUAUGCACAGUUAAUGGCUGCGAAGAACGAAUGUUUGACCACCACCAACAAUACGUGCAUGGUGACGCUCAGGUUAGCAUUUUCGUCCAGCCAUAUCCCUCAAAACUUCGCGGUUUGCAGGACACAAUCCUCAUGUGGAGCUGCUGCAAGAAAUGCGGAAAUGAAACACCCGCAAUGCCCAUGUCGGACAGUACCUGGAAAUACUCCUUCGGGAAAUAUCUCGAGCUAUCCUUUUCUAGCGCAGACUUGCAUAUCCGAGCCGGAGUUUGUUCUCAUGAUCUGCAUAGAGAUCAUUUGAGGUAUUUUGGCUACAAAGACGUCGCGCUUCGCAUUCACUAUGACCCAAUUACUCUGCUCGAAAUCAUAGUGCCACGCCCGCGCGUGACGUGGAAAGUGGACAAGGACCUUCGGCUCCGAAAUGAAAUCUUUACCAAAGCUGAGUAUCGAUUAACACGCUUCAUGAAUUCAGUUAAAGCGCGGUUAAAAGGAAUGAACGUCGAGAGUGUUGUUCCGGAAAUGGUCCAGUCUUGCAAGCUAGAGAUUGAGGUUCUUCUGAAGAGAGCCAACGAGGAGCACGCCACUCUUCUUAAGCAGCAUCAGGAAAUGUAUAUGAACUCGAGGUACUGGGAAACCAUCCCUCUAAACCGUGUGAUCUUAUCCAUGCAGGAAAAGGUUGUUGAAUGGGAUGCAACUUUCGCCGAGUUUGAGCGCAACUAUUUCCCAUCUGAAAAGGAUAUUAAGCGAUUGGCAGCACUACAGCUCAAACGGAUUUUCCUCGAUAAAGAUGUGUCUGUUACCUCCCUCACUUCUGGUGAUGAAACUCCAGCGACGACUCCGGAGCCUGACGAACAAGGCACUGAAGUUAAAACUUCUCCGGGCAUGAAACGGAGGAUGACGUUAUCCCCGCAGCAAGCAAAAAGCGUUCUCGAGUCUGUUGUGGAGGAGCAUUCUGGCCGGUCGAACAAGGAUCACGAUAGCGAGAGACAACUAUCGCCUUCCCUUGCCCCUAAGGAAGAAGCAAAUACUCCACCGGAAAUACCCAUGAAUCCUCAGGAUGGUGUGCAGCAUUUGGAUUUGGCUAUUCCUAAUAGCAUUGCUGAACGACUUUCGCCGCCAAAGGAAACUGCUGAAAACUCUAGUGACCAGCGUAACCUCCUGGAGCAAAUUUCUGAAGUUACACCGCCGAGCUUGAAUGCAGACGCCAAUGAAGCGGAAGCCUCGUCGAAGGUUGAAAAGGACCCACAGCCCGAAGAGGUUUCCGAUAAUCCAGGCGAUGAUAACAAUUCCUCCGAAGCUACGGAAGAAAUGACUUCUAAACCUCCUCCAUCAGGGAUACCGCGCCCUUCGGGUGAGAAAGGGAUUCGGAGAGCCACUACUCCUCCCCCCAAGAAUGAAGAAACCCCUUACUAUCAUACCGAAGAAUCAAAGCCAAAAGGAGCCGAAAAACGGCUUUCGGAACGACUGGGGUUGUCGUCUUUAAAACCUAGCAAAUUGACAUCGGGGCAUUCUCUGAUACCGCGCUCUAUCCCCAGCAAGCCUAACUCAAAGGUUUCCUCGCUUGCAAGACAUUUUGAGCAAUUGAGUCGCGAGUUCGAGAAAGAACGGCAAAGGGAAAGGAGACAACGAGCCGCGCAGGGGAAGCAGUCACGUGCAUAUCCAAUGGCAUCCUCGAAUCCAAUCAUGGAAGUUUACAAGAGCGUGAAGGAUGCAGUUGACCCCUCAGACGAAGACUUCCUGACAAACCUGCCUUCGGGAGCUCCAUCGAGGGAGUCGACCAGCCUAACCGAUGGAGGGGAGAAACGUGUUGUUCCUGCCGAUCACCCACCAAAGCCCGAAGAGCCUCAGCCGGAGUCUGAGCCAAGGCCGUCUGAGGAGUCUUCGCGCGAAGGUAGUCAGCCUCCCUCGGAACCUGAUGGUGAUGGUGAGCAGAGUGAAACUGAGAAAUGUCUGCUUGAAGAGUUUCAUUCAGCCGAAGAUGCGAAUAAUAUACCUGCCGAUGAAAUUGCAUUGGAACUAAAGGAGCUGCCGAAACAUGAACGGAACUCUUUGGUUAAGAUGCUUGCCAACUUUUGGGCAGAGCGCUCCGCGAGUGGCUGGGCACCUCUUGACUACCCCUUGAGCGAUUCAGAUCAUGUGUUUGCUGAUUGUGACAUAAUUGUCCGAGAAGAUGAACCGAGCUCUUUGAUCGCGUUUGCUUUAGACUCGGGCGACUACAAGCAGAAGCUUCGAAGCAUUCAAGAGACUAAUGAGAUGGCCCAGACGAACAUUUCAACGGAAGUUGGAAGUCCCGAUUCUCAACCAGAAGUUGAGCAGUCGCUGCUGCGGAGUACGGGGACACACCUUAAGUACCAAUUCCAGGAGGGCAGCGCGAAAAUGCUUUGCAAGAUAUUUUACGCGGAGCAGUUUGAUGCCCUUCGGAGAAAAUGCGGCAUCUCUGAACGCAUCGUGGAAUCUCUAUCUCGCUGCAUGAAAUGGGAUUCCAAAGGCGGCAAAACUAAGUCCCUCUUCCUGAAGACACUUGAUGAGAGGUUCAUCCUCAAAUCACUAUCGACAGUUGAGACUCAGGCUUUCUUGAAAUUUGCGCCGGCAUAUUUUCAGAUUAUGUCCGAAGCUCUGUUUCACGAACUCCCCUCCGCAAUAGCCAAAAUGUUUGGCUUUUACCAAGUCAUUAUCAAGAAUCCCACUACCGGAGUAGAAUUCAACUGGUUUUUACUACUCAUGGAGAAUCUGUUUUACGAUCGCAACCCCACCCGUAUAUUUGACCUCAAAGGCUCCAUGCGUAAUCGCAAGGUGCAGAGUACAGGGGAGCAGAAUGAGGUCCUUCUCGAUGAGAAUAUGGUUGAGUUUAUCUACGAAAGUCCACUUUUUACAAGAGAGCACUCGAAGAAGCUUCUCAGCCAGAGCGUCUGGAAUGAUACAUUAUUUCUCGCGCGCCAGAAUGUCAUGGAUUACUCCCUUAUGAUUGCGAUUGAUGAAGGUCGUCAGGAGCUUGUUGUCGGGAUCAUCGAUUGUAUAAGGACGUACACCUGGGAUAAGAAACUGGAAUCAUGGAUCAAGGACCGUGGAUUUGCUGGUGGCGGCAAGAAUCGUCCAACAGUGACAAGUCCCAAGGAAUACAAGAAUCGUUUCCGUGAGGCGAUGGCGAGAUACGUCCUUCAUGCUCCAAACCCCUGGCACCAGUUUCAGAUUCCAAAUCUAGGGAAGCCAGCCCCAAGUGCGCUCGAUGGAAGGCAAGAAAGUGACCUCGGAGAUCGACAGGCUGAACUAAUAAACGAUUUAUGAGACGAUGUACUUUUGUAUGAUGUACGACAGUUCUGAGAGCGAGCUACGAAAGAUGUCAGCGUGUUUCAGUUCUUGGCAUAUUUAUCCACACCUUUAUGUAUUUCCUUUUAAUCACAUUUUAGAAGACAAAUUACAUGUCAUAAUUUCAGAAU